ACCAUUUGGGGCGUAGAGCUUUUCACUAAAGACAUGAAAAGCUUACGCUGAUCUACAGAAGACAAAAUCGUUGAGAUGAAAUGCCCGAAUCGCAAGUGUAAAAACCCUAGCGUGGUGAAACUUCUGUUUGAAACGGGAGCCGAUGUUGACUAUUGUCCCGCGUGUGGCGUUCCUCUCAAAGAUCAAUGCAGCAAAUCAGAAUCAAAAUCAACUGAUGUCUCUACCACAGUGUCCCCAAACAACCAGCUUUCCCCUAAGCAAACAACUGAGGCCCGGCAUGCACCUGGCCCCAGACAGUCCAACCCCUAGCCAGUCUACCCAAUCAUCGCAUGUAACUGUACAUGUGACUGUAACCAAAACCGCUGAAUUACAGACCCCAACACCCAUCAAACCUGCCCUUCUUGGAGUUUCCUCACACGGCUACAACAAUUCUUCAUUGCAUCCUUUGUCACCAGAAUCUCAGCAUCUGGCAGAAAUAGGGCAGAGUUCUGCAGAGGUGUUGCCUUGCACUGGAAACAUUGAAGCUCAAAGACUGAAAGAGGGUAGCUUGAAAGAAGAGGCUUUGACGUCACAUGACCAUGUGGUUGCCGACGAGCAUGGUCCCAAGGUCUUUAUUCAUGAGAAGAUUCAAGAGAACCAUGGUGAAGUCUCUCAGAAGGUUCCUACUGAACAUGAUAAAGAAAUAAGAGAAUUCGAUAGUAAUACUGGUGAGAAAGAUGUGAUUGAAUCCAUUUGUGUUGGUGUUGCUGAGUCCAGUCAGAAGGAGGAUGGACUCAAAGCACCUGAGAAACACCUCUCAAAAAAAUCCUUUGUCCAAAUUCAUCAAGCAACUUCUGGCUGUGCCACAGUUGGUAGUGUCGUUGUAGUUGGACGAGACAUCAAGACUCCACCUGGAUAUGUUCCAGAGAACCCCACACCACAUCAUCCAACAAUUAGACAUUCUUCUGGCAAUGGUAUUAAGUACACAUCUUCUGUGCAUCACACAGGAAGCACCACACCUAGAAAUCAACAGGAUAAACAUGUUGGAGAAAAGUUGCAGAAGUUUCCCACCAGAAAGUGUGAUCUCCACACUCAGCAAACUCCAGGCAAACCUAUUGAUGGUGAGGCAAGAAUUAUACCGAAUGAUUCUUCUAAUCAGCAGACUAUUAAAGAAGGAAGUGUAGUUGGAAGUCAUGAAGAUGUCGGAGAACAUAAAAGAGACAACAAACAGAUGGAAGUUACUGGAACAGAGAGUGAAAAAAUAAGCACAGAAGAAACCCAAUCAGAGGUUGAAGGAGAAAAACGUGAAUGCGGAACUCAUGCAAUAAGAGAUGCAAAUGGCCACCCUUUGCAGAAGAAUAAGAAAGAGACUGGAGAAUGUCUUGAUAAGGAGAAGGCACCUGGAUUAAGUGGCUCGUCUGCACCAAUCGCAGACGAAGAGGCUGAGAUGAUGGAUGGCAGUGAGGAUGAUGAAUCAGACAAGAAGCAGUGUGAGAAAAAAAGAGAUAAGGAAUUACAAGACAAGAAAGUGUCUGUAUGGGGGCGAAUUCCGAUGACAAGAGCGCAGAAGAAGAAGGCAAAACUUGAGAAAAAGAAGGAGAAAGAGCAGAGAAAAAAGGAAGCGACAAGGACCAAUGUGGUUGGAGAUGACACAAUUUCAAGUGACAUUUUGCCAGAAAAUAAUCCAGAAGCAAAAGCAAAAGAAACAAAACCGAAUAAUGCCAUGCCAGAUAAAGAAAAGACAGAAAAGCAACACAAAGGUCUUGAAUUAAAGGAUUCCUUCCAUUUCGAAGAGGAUUGUGUUACUGUCGUGUUCCAUGCCAUGCUAUCCACAAAGAUCGGCUUUAACCCAGAUAAAGACUCUGUGCAUAUAGUAUUUGGCAGCCCAGUGCUUGGAGGUUGGACAACUGCGUUACCCUGCCUCAUUACAAGAAAGUUCGAGGACAAGUUCCUUUUAGUUAAUAGCAAGAUUGACGUCCCACACUGCGUUUGUAAAGGAACCCCUUACAAGUACGUGUUCAUGAAUGGAGUGACUGGUGAAGUUAUUUGGGAGCUGCUGGAAAAUGAUACCACGAGGAUCAUGAAUCGUCAGUUGAGUGUUGACACCAACUUGUCAAAGAAUGAUACUUGGAACCAGUACGAUGGAGUUAUUUAUCUGCCUAAAAGCAUUUUGGGCACUAUAAAAUCCUAUAUAUUCAAUGACGACCAUGAAAAGAACAAACAGUGCGCCGCCCUUGCUUUCCUUCCACGAUGGAAAGGCUUCGUUCCAGAUAACGAGAAACACAAUGUGAUAAAUAUCACUUUCACUGAAGCACUCCGUCAGAUUUUUCAAAUUCAACGAUGUCUGUCGGGGAUGUUUGUGGAUUUAUGUGGCCAAACUCAAUGGAGAAUACAGUAUGGAUUUGACUUAUCAAAGGUACUCCUUGGCUUCCUCACUCAGAAGAUCCAGUCAAACAUCAGUAUCGAUGAAGGCAGUAAAGCGAAGCGUGUGGAGCGCCUUGUGUCAAGCCUCGGAAUUACACUUGUUGCACACAAAUGCAACGUUAGGUUUGAUAAGGCAACGCUUACUGAGCUCAUUCACGGUUUGGUGGUUCUACCUGAUGGCCCAAGAGGCUGUGACUUUGACGAGAUAGACAAGGAGCUACCAGAAGAGAUAUGGAGCAAGCUAGCAGAGGCUGUGCUGUACAUCUGUAAAUGCACGUCACAGGCGCACAGCUAUGAGUGGCCUGAAGUGCUGUUGGCAGUCCCAAUAGUUCAUCUCUUGCGAAAAGACUGUGAACCAUUUGAGGAAUUGAAGCCAAGUCUUUACGAGAGCGAAGAACAAUGGUGCUGCUCUAAAGGCAUCCCGACCAUCAACUCAACAAAAGUGUCGGAUGGCCUACGCAAAGUUUUACUUCAAUUGAUUGUUAUCGACCCAUUGUUACGCCGACUGGUCAUAUGCUCAAUGGUUAAAGAAGAGAGCCAAUGGUUAUUGGUCUCCAAAAGUCAGAAAUUUCCAAUCCACGAAGUUUGCUCUGCUUUGGCAGCUGGUAUCAGUAAGACACGAACUCUUUACAACAAGGACGAGCUGAUACAAAAAUGCCUCAUAAAUUUAUAUACAAGGGUUUCCUCCGAAACAAGAAGUUCCGCAUCAGAGAUCACUGCUUGCUCAGCUCUAAAGCUUCUCGCUGCCCUCUUGGAUAAGCAUGAUCUCCAUAACGCCAUCCACAUGGACGCUGUUAACCUUUUUUCUGUAUGCAUCGAGACAACGGAGAUUGGAACAUGCGAAAAUACCAAAGAAAGAAAGACGAUACUGAUUGACGAGGCAAUCAAAUGCAUAAAUGAGGCAGUUCUGAAAUGGUUCUUGGAGAAAAUGGCUUCAACUGAUUCGCGAAGAACAUCGGAGAUCAAGACCUGGAGCAAUCUUCUUGGUGCCGCGUUCAAGGGUGAGAACGAGUGUUAUUGGCAAGGCGGGUUGCUCGCCAUCUUCAACGGAAGACUGAAAAAGCUUAGCGAAGAGGAAACUCUUAAGCUGUUUUGCAACAAUCUAACAGAGGAAACUGAUCCAGCUAUCAUCGAGGCUGUAACGAAGGCUGCUUUCGAAGCUGUUGAACGCAUUAUCGAGAGAGGUGCGGAUGUUAGUAAAUCAUUUACCGAGCUUCACAGGACAAGCACUGGAGGAAACCAUCAGGAAUUAAAAGCGCGCGAGCUUCUCUCUCGCAUGCUCGUUGGUGCAUGGGAUAAAGUCAUAGAAGGAAAGACUAGCGUUCCAGAGUUCCAGACUCUUCGACAUCUCUUGACAUGGAAACCGUGGAAUGGAUUCCUCAGUUUCUAUAGUUCCUCUGCAGGAAAAAGCAUGUUAUCUGUCAGAGCUUGUGCAAUCGUCGAGAACGCCGUUCUCGUGAUUGCAUGUACGCAGAAAAGUGUCGACGAUGGAUCAGUCCAAGUCAAAACACUGAAGUUGCUCCAGAAAAACAUAGACGACUUCAUCCAGCUCUGCUACUCUGUAUCUAAAAUUGAUGACACGAUUUCCACUGUGCCUGUUGAAAAUGUUAAAGAAAAACUGGAACAGCGGAUGAGGGAACUCGAAAUGUUUGAUGAGCUGAAAAAAGAGAUUUUUACGUACAUCAAGCUUUGUUCCUCUGGAAAAGAGGAAGAAUCUUUCGAGCUCGAUCAUCUGCAAGCAAAAACAUCUGAAGACAUUUCAGAGCGAUCUAUGACAGACUUGUGUACAUACCCAGAGACGAGCACUGCUCCAUCCAAAAAUAUUUUCUUGGGAUUCUUUAGCUUGUCGCCGAACUUUCUAAAAAUGCUACCUCGUCUGAAAUUUGCCUUCAAUAGCCAAUUGUUCCAAGAAUCUUGGAGAAGAUAUUGCAAAAAAGAGACCAUUCAAAAGAAGGAGAAGAACGAAAUGCUAAAUGGGCGCCUGACACUGGAAGAUGUCUAUGGUCAUGUCUGGUCGCCCUCAUACUCAGAGUGGCAGAGUACAGGUCAGGGACUGCUUGAUGGGUCGACCACUCUUCGACAGAUAGACAAAUUGUUCAAAGGUCGAUUAAAGGAUGAUGUGGAGAGAGAACUUAGAAUUCUCUUCACAAAUGUGACCGGGUGCAGUGAUAAUGACAGCCUGGUGGGGAAGCGCCUGACACAGAUAGGGCAAUACUUCAGUCUGAAGGAUUAUGCUAGGGCGGCUGACACUGUUUGGAGGUUCAAGGACGCUGUAGGCCUAACGGGAGACUUCUCUGUCUUGGACGAUUUGCGCAACCAGACGUCCUCUGAGUUUAAGUCAAAGCGACUGGAGAGUAUCGAUGAUCGCUUGACUAGUGCGACUGGAAGCCUUGAUAAGAUAUCCCUAGAACAUUCCAGUUGCUUCCAGGCCAUCGCGGACUGUGAGGCAUUGGUCAAGUGGCUGAAAGAGACAAUCAGAGACACAUCCGCGCUGAGCACACUUGUCGAUUUGGCGAUGAUUUCCGCUGGCGAGAAUGACAUGGAAGUAGAUCGUAUUUUCCACUUCCACACCAGCUGCCUCAGCUUUGCGCCCCUAAUCUUCAACCUGAGUGAAGAAUGCGGGUUUGAGGAGCUGAUGAUGAUUUGUGAACCUGUUUGGAAAGCUGUCCAGCAAGACAAGGAACUGCCAAACAAACUGAGAGAGACCAACCGACAUCUCGAGUGGUUAAAGGGAGUGAAGAAUUCUCACGGAUCAGUAGAAAUGUCAUCGAUCAUGCUGGCGAAAACCAUAAACCAGGGCGGAGUUUACUCAGUGGGAUUCCUUGACACCGGAGUAGACUUUAACAGGAACCAAGUACCGCUGUCCGAGGGACAGACCACCCUUGAUCAAGUGAUCAAUUUGACUGUGCCUGUAGACUAUGUCAGUAGAAAUGCAAGAGAAGAGGACGAAAGCGAGAAAAAGACGAUGUAUCUCAACGACCUGAAAGACCUGCAGAGCAAGUUGAUGCUUAUAGCUGGCAAAACAGCUCAGCUUCAGAACAAAGAAAUAGAGAGUGCUGAAGAGAUCAACGCUUUUGUUGAGGUAUUCGAAGGCAUCAUGCGCUUAGGCAAAGUCUACAUCGCGCUAUGUGAGGCUGGAAACGCGAGAUUCCUGGGUUGGAGACAAAACUUCGAUUGCCAUGACAACUACCUAACCGGCCAAUCAAUUCGGAACAAGCUGGAUUGCCUGUGUAAGGAGAUGGAAGAUGAACUAGAGGUAUGGCGUGAGUAUAUGAACAGAAAGCGUACCAAGUACCACGAGUUCAGCCACUUCACGACUCGUCAGAUCUUUAUAAUGAGGGAAAAGAUCGGCGCUGUGAGACGUGAAGGCGAAGGCGCAAAAGGUCUCCCUCUUCACGUGCUAUGUCUCUUGGAAAGUGUUGUUCCGGGGAUCAGCUCAAAGCGCCUUAACGAGGCUUUGAUCGAAUGUUUUGGCAUCAAUGCCGUGAGCAACCUCGGCGUACAUCAACAUGAGUUAAGGAGCAGUGACCAACUAAACGCUAGCUUCCGUCAUGCGAGCGUACGCGAACAAUACGCGUCCUUCUUUGGAAAAGUCGAGAGUAUGAGUUUUGAUGACCCAGAAAGAGUCGCAGUUGCAUGCCUGAAAGCAAGUGGUACACUGAAAUGCAAUGAUGUCCUGGAGGUUGACCUUUUGGACUGGUGUUUCAAGCAUGGAGAUGAUGAUGAAAUAAUAGAUAUCUGGACGGACGAGGCAAAGCAGGACCGAGCUUUUGCUGAAUUCUUCGAUGACCAGGAAAUGGAUAAUGGCCAGGAAGCCACAGAAGUCCAGGACAGCGAGCUUGAGGAGCAACCUUGUGAGCAUGAAGAAGAGGAUUUUCAGGAGGACACUAAAGAAGGGCUAUACUUAACACUGGAUGAACUGGGAACCCUGUUGCGCGCCCUUACAAUCCGUUCUGAAAUUACGCCGACGGCUCGACCUUUCCCUGAGUAUCUGAAACGGGACCAGCCAAACCUGUUGUUGGUGCCACAAGCCGAAAUUCUUCCAACAGUACUGACUCUGUAUAUGGGUGAUGGUAACAGCCCUCUCCCAAGUGCCGCUGAAGUACUCGCCUGUACACCGGAUACAACUGCUGAAGAAGUAGAGCUGUUUUGGUGGCGGGCGUUUGGUGACAACCAGGAGCAGAUGUUUUGCCUCCUGAACGCGGAUCUUCUCCCGUAUAACGUCAGCCAGGCGGCUGUCGAAAGCCUCAGUCACAUGCUGGAGAAUCUCCACAGAGAGGAUUUGAAACUAGUGAUAAUCUGCAGCACGGAAAAUGAGGAUUGCUCACAUUUGAUCGCUGCGCUGGACGCUCAUCGCAUGAAGGCAGCACCAGGUUGUGCGUCCAGGGCCAGGCUGACUCAGUACUUCACAAAGCAGUUCACUUGUAGAGAAGCACAACACGGGUACUACAAUGACCAGAUGGUAUCCUGGACACCAGCCGCGACCCUUGAUAACGACAACCUAUGCGUUCGAGUUGUGACGUCAGAGCGCGCCGGCGUUGGCAAAUCGCUAGUGGUCAGCAGACUCUCGGACAAACUGGCCAAGCUUGAAAACAACAAGAAAAUGGCAAAGGAGCUCAAGGGACGACAGCAAUUUGUUCUGACAGUACCACUCCACGGGACGGCGGUUGACACCUCCUCCCUGUUAGAUGCGCUCUGGGAGAGUCCAGUUGCAGGGGAACUGCCAAUUUCAAGGAUUAUUCAUCUCGACGUCUCGCCUUUCGUAGUUGAGGGCUUGGAUACUGUGCUAUUCAACCUGCUGGUGCUAGGAAUAAUGAGUGACAGACAAGGUCGUGUAUGGAGGCGAAGGAAAACCGACCUUUAUGUCAUCGAAGUUACCACCGCCAGCUCUUCCAACAAGCUUCCUGGAAGUCAACCUACCGCCGUGAUGUUCUCUCUACUACCAGCAAUCACGUGCAUUACACCACGUGAAACUCUCAAGAUUCUCAAGUCGGAGUCACCAAACGCAGGCUCAAGUCCUUUGUUUGACGCUAUUGAGCUCUCCAGCAAACCGGUGAAACGUGCUUACCAGUACCUCAACGGUCGGGACAAGAACAUGAACCUGGACCAUUUCAAGUUUAGCGCUACACGCUGUAGUCCUCCCGCGGACUGCCUCGCCCUGCUCAUCAAGUACUGUGGUAUCCUAAACCCCUCGUGGUCGGAGUUGAGGCACUUCGUGGACUUUCUUAGUUGUCAGCUUCAGGAUUGUGAGGGAUCAGUGUACUGUGACCCGGCAAUCGUCGGUGACAGCUGGAUGCAGAACACUCUCAGUGGAUUUAAGACGUUUGUUGUGCAGUUCAUGAUUCACAUGUCUCGGGACUUUGCCACGCCUUCUCUUGAUGACGCUGUCACAUGCACAGUGGGCGCAUCUGGUGCCGAAGAGGAAGACGAGGACAUCAGGCCACUUCAAAUCCGGCGGCGAUGGGAGAACAGCCCGCAUCCGUACAUAUUUUUCAACCAGGACCGCGUCACGAUGACGUUCAUGGGUUUCCACAUUAACAAAGAUGGCGACCUUAUCGAUCCUGACAGACUUACAGUACUUCAGAAUAGUCUAAUGUCAAGACAACUGAAGACUGGUCUGGACGCGCAGAAAGUCGACUUUGCACCAAAAUACAAGGCCUGGUCUAAGGAAAUGAAAAUUCGGAAGUUGUGUGACGUCAUGGGCAUCACAUGGAGAGUGGGCAUGCUGGACCCAGACCCCAACUAUGAGCUGACCAUCGAUAACAUGAAGAAGAUAUUAGCUAUUCACAUGCGCUUCAGAUGCGGUAUACCUGUGGUCAUCAUGGGUGAGACUGGUUGUGGGAAGACUCGGUUAAUCCGUUACAUGUGUGCGUUACAAGCAUGCCAUUCCAGCGGAGAGGCCAGACAGAACAUGUUACUGAUGAAGGUUCACGGAGGGACGUCUUACGAGGAUAUCAGCCGGAAGGUUGAACAAGCCGAAAAGAUGGCACGUGAAAACGAGACUUUAGGUGUUGAUACUGUGCUGUUCUUUGACGAGGCCAACACCACGCAUGCGCUUGGGCUGAUCAAGGAGGUGAUGGUGGAUAAGAGAGUGAACGGGCGUCCCGUGGGGGAGGGAAUUCGUCGCCUACACUUUAUAGCGGCGUGCAACCCAUAUCGCAAACACACCGACCAAAUGAUUCACAAACUCGAGUCAGCCGGCCUAGGCUAUCACGUGACCUCUCAAGAAACGAAGGAGAAGCUAGGUAAAAUUCCUCUCCGUCACCUGGUCUAUCGCGUGCACGCACUCCCGGCGAGCAUGCGCCCGCUGGUGUGGGACUUCGGUCAGCUGAAACCGGAAAUUGAGGAAAUGUACAUCCGGCAGAUUGUUAAGCGUUACAUUGGAAGUCAUCCCCUGGUGGAUGCGAUCUCCAAGGUGUUGGCGGCAUCACAGCAGUACAUGAGGGACCAGAAGGACGAAUGUAGUUUUGUGAGUCUUCGUGACAUUGAGCGAGCCAUGACCGUGAUGCUUUGGUUCCGUCGGCACCAUCAAGCCUUGCGGCCACAGAGGGAGCCCCAAAAAGAUGAUGAUGAUGAUGAGGAUGACAGCGAUGAUGAUGAUGAUAAUAGUGACCAAUCAGACUCUGAUUCUGAUACCGAUGACGAGGAUGAUGAGGACGAGAUGGACUUGAACACGUGGUUGCUGGUCAUGAGUCUUUGUGUGUGUUACCACGCUAAGCUACAGUCACGCAAGCCAUACCGCUGUCACGUGGUGCGGAACUGUUCUGUGCCGCUAAACCUCAAAGGAGAAAGACAGAUGGAUAAAGCAAUUAGAAAGUGCCAGCGUGUCAUGAUCAGGGGACUCUCCCUCGGCCCGAACAUCGCGCGGAACAAAGCGCUGACCGAGAACGUGUUCAUGAUGGUGGUGUGCAUCGACCUGAGGAUUCCUCUCUUCCUGGUAGGGAAGCCAGGAAGCUCGAAAUCCCUGGCCAAGACAGUGGUUGCCGACAACAUGCAAGGGGAAUCAUCCAGGUCAAGUCUAUUCAAGAAUUUCAAGCGAGCUCAUAUGGUCUCCUACCAGUGCAGUCCUCUCUCCACCCCUGACGGGAUCGUCGCCACGUUUCGUCAAUGUCGCCGUCUCCAGGAGAACAAUCCAGGGGGACAGUUUGCCUCCGUAGUGGUUCUAGAUGAGGUUGGGCUGGCGGAAGACUCCCCCCUGAUGCCCCUCAAGACUCUGCACCCCCUGCUUGAAGAUGGUGUGACGUCAUCCGAUGACGUAAUCGACGCUGACGAGACGCCGACGCGCGUGGCGUUUGUCGGUAUUUCCAAUUGGUCGCUAGACCCAGCCAAAAUGAACCGCGGGCUCAUGCUGCUGAGGGAUGAACCGAGCGAGGAGGAACUUGUGGACAGCGCCAGGGGAAUUUGUGCCGAAGACCCGACCGUGCAAAGACUCAUCGCUCCACUGCUUGAAGAUCUGGCUGCCGGAUACUCUAAGCUGUACCGACACCAGAAAGGCUUUAAGUCGCUGCUUGAGUCCAAGAGAGACGAGUUUUUUGGCCUGCGUGACUUUUACAGCCUGGUGAAGAUGAUUUACAAGAUGGCCGAGCAGAGCAGAGCUGAACCAUCCUGGAACGACAUCAAGCAUGCGAUUCUUAGAAACUUUGGCGGCUUGGACGAGAUCGAUGCUGUCAAGAUAUUCCAAGAACAAUUGCGAAAUUCAGUCCUUGAUAUCACGACAGAUGAGGCCUCGCCGGUGAAUCCGAUAGAUUUAAUCAAGGCGAGUCUGGACAGAAGAAAUGCCAUUGGUGAGACACGCUACCUUCUUGUGCUGACUGAGAACUACUCCGCCCUGCCCAUCGUGGAGAGUGAGCUCAAGGACGAGGAGUACGUGGUCAUAUUCGGCAGCAGCUUCCCCAAGGACCAGGAGUACACGCAGAUUUGUCGAAAUAUCAAUCAGAUCAAGGUGUGCAUGGAGACCGGCCGCACCGUGAUCCUCCUAAACCUGGAGAGUCUUUACGAGAGCCUGUACGAUGCACUCAAUCAGUACUACGUGUACUGCGCGGAUCAAAAGUACGUGGACUUGGGACUCGGAAGCCAUCGCGUCAAGUGCAGGGUGGAUGACACGUUCAGGUUGAUUGUCAUCGCCGAGAAAGACGUCGUCUACGAGAAGUUUCCUAUUCCUCUCAUUAACCGACUCGAGAAGCACUAUCUCGUCACAUCUAAAAGUCUGUCUGCGAAACAGACCGCGCUGGCAACCAGACUAAAAGCCUGGGUUGAGGAUUUUGCGACCGUGCAAUACCAGCGCCACGAGCAGAACAAACUGACGUUUAAGGUCGGUGACGUGUUCGUUGGUUUCCAUGACGACACUGUAGCCUCGGUGGUGCUGCAAGUUUGUACGAAGCUUGGCGACGAGGACGCAUGCGCACAGAGCGAAGACGAGGACAACGCGGUGGCAAAUGCCGUCCUUGACAGGUGCAAAUCUGUGCUUCUGCAGUGUGCCACUCCGGACGCCCUGGCCCGGUUGUUCCGGACAAAUCUCCGAAACGAAGCUGAUAAGCUGUGGUUGGAGUACUUUAGCGAGCAACCGCACACAUGUCUGUCCAAACUGCUGGCCCACCUUAUGGCAAGUGGACCGGAUGUGACGUCAUCUAAUGGGAUGCUAGUGCAGGUAUCUACUCAUUCCAGGCUCCUCUCGGAGCACGAUCUCCCCGCCGUCUGUGACGCGGUGCAGCUGAAGAGACGGGAUGUGGAGUACCUCACGCUGCAGCAGUUCCAGACCGAGCAGCAGUUCUCAAAACGAAUCAGGGAGUUCUUUGUUCACCUUGGUAACUAUGAAGGGAUGCUUAUCGUCCAGUGCGACUCUGGCGAUGAGAAUUUUAACCUGAUUGCCUGCGCCCGCCAUGUCGUGAUGGAUCAGCGGUUCAAGCGCACAGAGAUGCUCCAGGAGAAACUAAAGAUCGCCCCUGAUAAGAUCGCUCCUCUUCAUCUUGUGAUCGUUGCUCAGCUUUCACGUGUUUCCGGUGGAUGCAAACACUUUGUUGGGUUCCCGGGAGGCAAGUGGCAGUCCUACCACGUGGACGACCUUCGUCCGCCGACCAAUGAGAUUCCGCCAAUUGAACGUUUGAUUGACACCUGUAUAAGCGACCUUCUGAGGCCUGAUGUCUCUCAACAAGACGACGGAGUUCCAAUGGAGACCGACGAAACAACACAGGCACUCACCGUCACCUCUCCAGAAGAGGCUCAAGCUUCAAACCUUGGGGAACUCCCUAUGGAAACUGAUGAAACAAAAGAACCACUUUCUGUGUCGUCCGUAGAAAUCUCCAUGGAAACUGAUAUAGCCGAAGAAAUAACUGCAACCACAAGUCCACAAGCAGUUGCCAUGGUAACACCUAACAAGACAACCUCACCCCAAAUGCAGACGCCAUCACAACCCAAGAGCGUAAAUUCACAAGCGGUUGCGUUACUUCGCAGAAGUGUGCACGCUGCUGCUGGUCGCCUUGACGACAGUCACGUGAUGUCUAGUCGAGGCACACAUCGAGUUGAAAUUAUGCUUAGACUGCUACCAGACGACUUCGCCGAGUGUUCACCAGAUUCCUUGAUGUUUGCUCGUGCGCUCAAUGAGAAGAUCUACAAGCUGGUGUUACAGCGCGAGACUAAACGGCAGGCGCACUUGGCGAAGACCUGGAUGCAGGCAGUGGCCCUGUCGGGGACAAAUAUGCACGAGAGGGGCACUUUCCGUAAGGCGCUACAGCACAGGGUCUCUAGCGAGGUGGUCCCUUACCUGUCCAAGGUCCUUGCUUACGCCGACAGAGACAGCAACUUGGAUCUUUUGGUGGACAGUGAAGCGUGGAUCAAAAGACUAUGGCUGGCUAUAUUUGGCAAUGAGCGCGUCAGCGAGCUGUACUGUGACGUCUCCACCAUCUCCUAUUCCAGUACCGCGCGUGAGCCCGUCCCAGUCUCCGGACGGGGAGGCCAUCACUUCCGCUGUCGCUUCCCUUUCUCCUGGCUCAUCCGGGACUUUGUGGAAGACCUGGAACGCGGGACCUCCGAUUCAUCAGCUUCUCAAUGGACAAGGUCCGAUACCACAGAGGAGGAGAGGUUACGCAGGUUGAUUGACAGUACAGAGCUCGGUCACGUGAUUGCAGAUUUCAGAAGGGAGGGGAUUGAGAGGAAAGCAAUUGCUCGUUACCUGCACGAUUUGGUGCACAUGGUGUAUAGGCCGUCCACAGAUCAACAUGACCAGGAAAUCCAGAUUGUUUGCAAUGUGAUCGAGAAGCAAGCAAGGAUUCGUGAGGCAGAAGCAGAGACUCUGGACCUAGCGACAGUUCAUGUUGCGUACAGACAUAUUCAACGGAGACUGGACAACUUAAGCGAGUUGCUGCACAUACAACCGGGUGUCCUGAGAAAUCUUCAGCGAGCAGAUGAGGGCGCGGAGAUGAUGCUGGAUGCGGUCGCGCUGCAGACGUGCCUGGAAGGCCUCGUGCCUAGUGUCCAGGACCUCCAAGACCAUGACGGUGUUUCUCGCUGGUGCGCCAGGGUAACUUGCCUUAGACAAACUGUGGAAACCAUGACGAGCAAGGAAAACUUUGACAAGACAGACGAGAAAAGUGGAGGCUACGGGGAAAGGACUCAAAACAUCAUUAAACACUGCUGGUCAUUGUGGCAGAGGGCCUCAAUCGUCCGGCUAUUUGUUGAGCACGUGACUAGUCCCGAUGACCACGCCGUCAACUCAGCUAACUUGCAAAAGUUGUGGAAGAUUCUCGGCGAUGAGACAGAUAUGAUGGCAAACGAGGCUCUUGAGGCACUCGAGAGGUUCCUGAAGGAUUGCAGCCAGGAAUUUUGUCGUCGACAUAAUUGGGCCGAAGAGUUGACCUGCCCCAUCUGUUUGCGUGAAUGCCGCGUUCCGUCCUCUACGCCAUGUCAUCACCUCACGUGCCUCGAAUGUGCUCGGAGAUGGUUCAAUGAACAGAGCGGGUGCCCUGUGUGCAGACAGCAUGUCCCGGAUGGCUAUGAACCAGCGGAAGACCAGGAGAGAAUGGAGAUUUUGGCACUCGUCAAGGGAUUUCGUCACUCUUGCAACUCGUUCUUCAUGGAUGUCGUGUCGAUGUUCUGUUUUGGUUAUUCGCCAUGCGGAACACUUCAACAAGGCGCGUUCCAGACGCUGAUGGGUUAUGCAACUAGUGAGCGUUCAACAAAGAGUUUCUCUCCAUUCCCUGAUUACGGCAUUGAUAUCAACCCUGUGGUGCGAUCAUUUUUACUCCAACAACUUCUUAAGUCAAGUGACACAAAGGCGAAGGAGUUAUUGGCAGAGUUCGUCUCCAGUGCCGAAGAGCGAGUCGGUCUGGAGAAUGUGAUGGAGGUGUUUGUGCUAUGCAUCCAGUGUAUCGAGGACGCACGGUACAGUGACUUCGUCCGACGCACCGCAGAGUUCCCUCUUGAGAACAAGAUCGGCUUGACGGAGCGUGCCCUCCGUCAGAUGCCCGUCAAGCCUUUUAGCGAGCCAGCACCUGGCCACCCCAAUGUGAACGUCCCUACACUCCAAGCCAUUGCGGUGACCCGAUUCGCGCUGACACAAACAGCGGAGUUCAUCCACCAGCGCCACACAUGUGGGACGCGAGAGUGGGAGACUGCUGGAGUAGUGAACGCCCUAAAUGGUCUGCUUAAAGAGGUCAAGAAGGUCUGCAUGAACGGCGUAUACCAGACUCCGCGCCUGUUUCUACUGAAGCAGCUCGCUAACCGGUUUGGUGUGGACGCCUUGAAGGAGUUAGCGAGUACUGGUGGGCUUGGGUGGAUUCUGCCUCCUCGGGAUACUGCGGCUCCGCGUGAGGCUACACCAGACCGCUUUCUGGUAUAUGGACACAACUACCAGGGUCUUCGAGAAGCUAUAGCACGUGCAGCGGUAUCUAGUGACGUCACUGAAGUCGCUCAGAGCCUGCAGGGCCUGGUUACUCAAGGUGACCCUUUUACCGAAGUCAUGAUGUCGCUAGCAUUACUACAGGCUGUUACCGCUGACCAGCAACGUAUUUCGCCAAAUAGUAUGCAAGUCCUGAAUGAUUUUAUCUUGGCGUCACGACAAAUCCGGGAACAGCCUCGCCGUUUAGCGCUAGAACUGGUCUCAGACGUCACGCAAGAAAGUCACAGUGUCGUCUCCCUGAUGGUUAUGAGUGGAAGUACUCCGCGUGACAGGUCGAUUGCAGGGAUUGUGUUACAUCUCGCAGCCGUGCUUUCAGCUCAUGAUGAACAGACUCUUGCUCACCCAUUGGUCGCCCUAGCACGCAACCCCAUCGCAAUGGCGCGUUCAUUUUUACCAACGAUGCCAGAGGACAUCAUCCCUGAAGUGAGAUCCGCAUUUUCGGGAACAGGGCAGUUAUAUGAAUGCCCAAACGGACAUCCCUAUGUUAUCACUGAAUGUGGCAGGCCAGCCCAGCAGUUGAAUUGUACGGAGUGCAGAGCUCCAAUUGGGGGAAUUAGUCACAACCUUGUAGCAGGAAACAGGCCGGCCCAAACUGGAGAUCGGACCAACACCGGUCAUUGUAUCGGCGCAGCAACGAAUCGGUCUGUCGCACCAGAGAGAGGCUUGUCAUCUGUCGCGGUGUCUUUUGUCCGCCUUCUGGUUCACGGCUCGAUGCUGAUUGGCUCAUUCCAAGAUGCACAGCACGUGGCUCAGAUGAUUACCCCGUACGUCACACCAAACGCGGUACAGCAAUUCCUCUGGAAUCACGUGGCCAACGACUUGCGCCUUCUCACGCAAAGCAGCGGUCGUAGCGUGGAUGAUGCAAUACUCAUCGUCCAUUUGCUGAUACGUAACAUCGCUACACAUGCGCAGAUGAAUGCAGGUAAUUAUGGAAUGCUGAAGUCCAAGCAAGCCCGCGAUCAGUGGGAACAGCAGUUCAAUCAGGUUGUACUGGCCCCGACCCUCGUGAACGUUAAUGAGUCAAUUCAACAAAGCCUGCAGUUGAUUGCAAACGACACAAGAUUCGGUAUGCAUUUGUCCUUUACAGGGGGCUCGGACCCACUCCUCCGCCAGCUAUACGAGCUUGACGCGGGCGCAGAAGAUCUCACCCAGGGUAUCAACCCAGGAUGCACCGCCCUUUGGCGCCACAGGAAUCCCGUCAGUUUAGAUCACGUGACUCGAGCCUUUAACGAGUCGGAAACAGACCAGUACCCAGUCCUAAAGGCGUUCCUGGAGCAGGAAAGUGUGUUGCGUGCAAUCCGGCUGCUCCCAGAUGUCUUGAGGCUACAAAGGCUGUUAAUGGAAAGGUUUCACCGGACACUGGACCGUGGCCGGACAGAUAAACUCAAACUCAAGGAGUUCUACAAGCAAAUUCGCCCCGGCACUGCCAAAGAGUACCGCAAGCUUGUCCCAAGUUUCCGGUCCGCGUGGAAGAUUUUCAAAGAAAGUGAAAACAUACCAGGCGCAUCCGAAGCCGAGAAGCGACUGUUGGAGACUGAUGUUGGAGACGACUGCCCGGUCGCCCUUUUCCUCCCGUCCAAUAGUGGCCCGGGGACCUGCUCACUAGUGCUAGUCAGAUUCCUGGUGCAUACUCACAACGAGCUACUGCAGCUGUACAAUCGGUCAGCGGACAUCCACAGCAGCGAUGUGCCCCACGUACCGCUGGCCAAAGUGAGAGAGGCUCACUUAGUGUCCUAUAACCCUGACCGGGACCUUUUGCCACUGGUGCUCGGGCAAUGCCGCUACUCGUUCAAAGUUGCACAGGGAGCCCAUGUAACGUACGACUGGGUUGGCAUGGAAAGACAAGUGAUUGACAGGUUUAUACGUGGGAGGGCGCUCAUUGACUUCAAGGAGGAUCGCUACAUCCAAAUGUCGACCGUCAGCGCAGACUCGGUGCUUACGUCACUACGCGACAAAAUACCCCAGGAGUCGUUGUCGCUAGCCAUUCAGCACCAGAUCGCGAGUUCCUAUCGCUCGCUCCAGGACCUCACGGAAGCACUGACGUCCCUCACCAUCGCUAUCACAUUCCUGGGCUCAGGAGGUGGGAAACCAGAUAUGCCGGUCAGCGGAUUCAUGAGAGAUGUCCUAAGCAUGCCCAGUGAUUUAGGACUUCGUAACCGAAAGGCAGAAGAAGUUUGCCAGCUUCAACAUGUGGUUUCCCUGUGGUUUCUUUUGAAUAUCGAGCGUGCCAAGCACCUGAUGGCCAGUGGACAGGACCCGUUUGAACAUCUUCCGAAUAAGUUCAAGGACAAACUAAGGAGCGAUACUGACGAAUUGCGGCUGAAUGAAGAGCUCAGAAAACUGGACGAAGCCAACAUCUACUCUCUGCUCACUACACUGCUAGAGAUCAUCAUCUUACGGCUCGACCAAUCAGACAAGUUCAAUCACGAAUCAAGUCUGCAGGAUGUCAUGCCUUGGAUCCUUGAGGACAGAUCUACACCUGAAAUCAAGAACAUUCCUCAGAACGUACAGCUUAAGCACAUCGUUCACCUCUGGAGAACUGUGGUCAGGCUAAGUGACAGUAACCAUGAACGACGUAGGCGGGGCACCACUUGAUUGUCAGUAACCAUGAGAAACAUAGGCAGGGCAUCACUUGGCUAGCACUGGCCAUAACUAAUGAAGGCUAGGCACCACUUUGUUGGCAAUAACCAUAUAUAACGUAGAAAUGGGAUUCUUGGUUGAGAGUCACAAUGAGCGAUCCAGGCGGGUCUCCACUCGAUGGACAAUAACCAUAGGCAACGUAGGAAGGUUACCCUGAAGCAAGGGCGCAGCGCUUGAUGUCCAUAACCUCAGCUAGAUUUUGAUUAAUCCUCAGUCGUUCGUGUUUGUUGGGAAGAUGACAGAGACUGGAAAAACAAGUUGGAAUUCUUAUUACACCAAUUAUAAAACUUAACCACCCUAUAAUUUUUAAACCAUGCUGCUUGGGAUCCACAAUGUUGAAUAGCGGUUUACGGCCUCUGGGCUGUGUGUUCUAUUGGUGUUUGUUUUAUUUUAGGGCCAUGUUUAUUGCCAACAAUUUGUAUACGAAUUAGGAGCGCAAUUCGUGCAUGUAGAGAUGUAUGAUAGUUUUAGAUUAAAAAUGUGCUACUGUUGUCUUACAUGUCAAUAACAACAAAUUUCUGCAUUGGUUUGCAACAAAGACACCAGAGGACCUUAAUCAUAAUACCUGAAAUACAUUAAUGUUCGUUAAAAAGAUAAGAAAAGAAAAAAAGGACACAUGUACAAGGGUUUUCUUUUUUUAUAGAUAUAAACGUUAAUAAAUUUCUUUUGCAAUUCCUA